AUGAAGCAAUAUUUGUUAAAUGUGGCGCUUUUGUUAUUAAUUUUCUGUGUUUGUGUUUCUUCUUCGGUUGCUACAAGAAGCAGUACAGAGAUUUGUGGAUUAUUAAGAAGUUUUUCAUCGUUCAAGCCUAAUGCAGAUCCAGAUUACUUGGUCGGAUUAGAUGAUUUAUCUUGGGUGAGCACAGCUUGCCAAUCCUUAAAUACCAACGAUACGGAGUGGACUUUCAGUACAGGAUGGUUGGAAUCUAAAACCAUCAAGCCAACUUUUCUGCCUUCCCAACUCUCUACAAUUAACACCAAUAUAUUAAGAAACACUACAUUUUCCUACAAUAUGGAAAAUGAUACCAUCUAUUUGGAGGUUACCUUUUCGAUCAAUUCAAUUGUGAAGGGAAAAGUUGAUGUUAUCAAUGUGGAUGCAGAAGAAUUGAUCUAUACAUUUAAGAAAUCUACCAGGGAUUACAUCGAUUUUUCUUCCCUUUCCUUUUCCCCAAUUUCUUGGGAGGGAAGCUUAACUUCAAAUUCUUGCAACGCUUCAAAUAUUAAUUCCUUCACGAGAACUAUAUGUUUUUUCGAUUCAAACCUCUUUGAUGGCUCUAAGCCUGUUAUUUUGGCCAUAGGUAAUUCUACUAAUGAUGUUGAGAAUGGACUCAGCCAAGAAAUUACUUCAAGUUUCAUGUAUUUGGCGACUCAAUUUGGUGUCAACACACACUUUACUCAAAUAUCUCCAUAUAGUUUUAGUUCACCUUCGGUGAGAGGGGUUUUUUUGGAUAGCUCCAUGAUGUUGAGGCACUUUACAAAUGCUACCUACAUUCCAAAAUCAAAACUUUUUGAUUAUGAGAAAAACGUCUUCUUUUCAAAUCAAGGAGAACUUUAUCAAUUAUCUGUAGAAUGUAUAGCAGAAAACUGUUUAGGAUCAACCAUUGAAGCUCUUAAAGAACUUUUAGAAGAGUCAACUAGAGCUACAAACUGCUCUAUUUCAUUCGAAAGAGCUAAAUCAAGUUUGACAGCAGCUAUUUUUAUUACUGAUACAUCCAUCCACCCUCUUGCUUACUCUGGAUAUAGUGAAGGAUUCGCAUUUUGUAGAAAUAUCAAUGAUAGUGCGGUUAGUGUUAGAAUCGCUGUUAGGGCAACACCAGUAAAUGAAAUAUGGCCUGUCAAACUAUAUACCCAAAACGCAAAGAGUGCUUCUACCUUAUUACGUUCUAUACCUCUAUCUUUGAAUGGGUAUAUUUCAGGAAAAAUACAUUAUAAUGGUGAUUUGUACUAUUCUUAUCCAUCAAACAUUUAUUCCAGUUUGCCUAAUAGUGGAGUUUUUAUAAGAGAUUUGUCCAUCAAUACCAAAUUGAUUCAUAACGUUAUGGGAAAGGUUAGAAAUUCAUUAUUUACAAACGUAUCUGUUCUUGAUCAAUAUGUACUUGGUUUAAUGAGUGAAACAAAUGUAGAUUCAAUAAUUGCAGAUUAUUCGAGUGGCACAAUGUUUCCAACCUUUAUUGGAUUUUUUAAACAUUUUUCUGAGAAAUAUUAUGAUAGUAUCAGAUUCUUGAUUAAGAAUGACACUGAGUCAACUGUUGAAGUUUCCAUAAUUUGCUCCAACAAAGAGUCAAUUAAUAUUACUGAUUAUGGCAUUUCUUCCAUAAAUUCUCAAUUAGAAAUCUUUAGAACCAAGGUGUUAGAAAAAUAUCCAGAAUUAUCAAACCUUAAAACCAAUACUAUUUCCGAAGUUACCCUACUUUCAAAACAACUCUUUACUGGUGCUGUUACUUCCAUGAUCCACAUUACUGGCUUUUCAACAGAAGAUGUAUCAGUUUUUGUUGGUUCUCAAUUGGAUUAUUCUGCAUCUUUAUAUUUGAAGGCAAACUUUGAGCAAAGCUUAUUUUCGGAAAUUUACGCCUCCCAUGAUUACAAGACUAAUAGUAGUGCGAUAAAAGGAAAAAUCACAAGAAAUGGAGAAGCAUUUUUUGUUGGAUUGAGUGAAGGAAAUGUAAUAGUGGGAUCCUCCCCUGCAGGUGUUUCUUUCAUGAAGUAUUCUGACGCAAUUUCUAUUCUUUCUAGUAGAGUAGAUUCUAUUCCUAACAUUAACAGAACAAUACCCCUCAUUUCAAACGUUCUAACUCUAGUAACGGACAAGUUCAGUAUUGAAAAUAUGCUAAUCGUUUUAGCAGCCAAAUUGAGAUCUACACAACAAGCUAAUACUAUUGAAGUUUCUGCAGUAAUAGAAGAAUUUUUAUACUCAUUCUGCUUUGAUUAUGGUUGUAGUGGUUCUAUCACAGCCAAUGUUUCUCCAAAAGAUGGUUCUAAUUUGGGAAUGUCACUGUCUAUUGUGAAAAUGCAACAUCUGCACAUUGUUGAAAAUAAUUUGGAGAUGUUGCCAAUAACUCCUACAGUAGGUGUAUCUUCAUUAAUUAGAAUGGAUACGUUUAUCCAUUUAUCCUUAAUUAAUCCUUCAUUCGAGUCAUUCACUAUUAAAGGGAAAGGAGAAUUAGAUAAUUGGGCAGUUCCCUUCAGAUAUAAUAUGCAAUCAGGAAGAGUUUUACAAAGUUUUAUAUCAUUUGAUAUUAAUAUGCCAUCUUAUGUUAAUUUUGAAAUUAUUAUGGGAAUAGAAAUUGAACAUAACAAUGAAUCAAUCUUUUUCAAUUUUAAAUCAGGAAAUUUGCUGUUAUCAAAUAACAUUCCAUCUAUUCAAUUUUCAGGUGAUGGCCAAGAUAGCUUUGUUCCACCUCAAAAUGUGAUGUACACGCUUAAGGAUGUGUUUAAAGUUUUAACACCAAUCAAGAAUGGUCCUCUUAAUUUUAAAGUUCCGUUUUUAACUGACGAUUUCAACCAGUUUGUUGAAUGGGAUGGUUAUGUUGAUACACUCACAGACAUGUUACUUUAUCCUAAAAUGUUGAGAGGGUCAGACCCACUAGUUUCAUUUACUUUAGCAGAAGAGCAGACCCUACUAGAUGAUUUGAAUAUCACUAUUAAUGGUAUUAUAUAUCACUGUGCUGGAUUUAGUAUUGAUAACAAUUCCACAAAUACCACUAUUAAUAGUUUUAACAGAGGUUUGGAAAAGUGUAAUUUAGGCUCUAUUUUAUGUGCCAAAGAGUUUAAAAAUGAAGUGUCUGAUUUUUUAAUUGGUAUUUUCCCUUUCAAUCAUUAUGGAAUCUAUCAAAUGGAACUAAAGUUUUCUUCCAAUAUAAGGGCACCUCAAUUUUUUGAAUACCAAGUUCCAUUUUAUCCAAUAUUCUCUUCAUGGAGUGAAUUAAGUUGGUUACUCCACAUUACCACAAAUGAGGUUCUCAAAAAACCAGUUGUUUCUACAGUAGAUAGGAAAUUCCUUCCUAUCCCAGAAGAGAUGCAAAAUGUUUACCCAGCUCAAUUUAAAACAAUAUCAGUAGAUUUUACAUUGAAAAAUAAUGUUAUGAAACCUUCUACAUUUGUAAAAUUUUUGGAGGACUCUGGAAGUAAGAUUUCUUUAGAAACUACUGGUACAGCCAAUGUGCACAAUAAUAUCCAAUUUAACGGAAAGUAUGGUUACGUUUUUUCCAUUCCUGGUUUAUAUAAUAUUACACUACUUACUAACGCUGAUUCUAAUUUUACAAUUUAUAAGAACAUUACAGAGUUAGGUUCUUCAUUCUCAAUGUCCAUUAAGGCACAAUUAAGGACAGCCACUGAAACAAAGACAGUAACAUCUAAUUUACAUAUUAGUCUUCCAAUUGGAAGAAAUUUCUCAGAUAUCAUGAUGAAUUGGUUACCUGAGCAAGUAGACUACGAUAUCAGACCAAUGUUUUUUGUUGAUGUUAAUACAGGUAGCGAAAUUUUAGGGACACAAGAUCAAAUUCAAAUAACCCUUAGAAGAGUUAUGCUAGAAACUGACAAAUUCCUUGUACCUCUAUCAUUAUUUAUUUAUGAUAGCAAUGUACCAAUUAUUUCAAUGACAUCACAAAUACCUCCAACAUCUUUACCAAUUUCUUCAGAAAUUUCUAUCACUUCACUGCUGAAUUUAACUUCUAAUGACGAUCUUUCAUUAAAAUCUGGUUCAUUGGGUUUAUUUGGAGUGAAACCUACUUCAGAGAUGGAUGGGUCUGGAAUUAUCACACUUGCUUUGAACUUACCUGAUGAACACGUUCCUUUGUACAAGUUAAUGAGGGCAACUACUGACAUUUCAUUAUUAUUUGAUCUCUUUGACAUUACCAUAGCAACAGAUAACAGUCUUUCUGUACAAAAUCCAACAAUGAAUAUCAACAGUUCAAUUCCAAGGUUGAACACUAUGUCAGUAGUUUCAAAAAAGAGUUGGAAAAUCAACUCUCAAAGCAUUCUUGAUAAUAUUGCUUCUGUAAUCCACAAUCUAGAGGCUAAAUUUGAUUCUGUUGAGGAUACUGUAAAAGAAACAUAUUAUGGACUUUCCCAAACAAACGCAAGUUCAUUAUGUUCUUUCCUUGACGAAAUUAUGAAAUCAACCAAUGACCUUGGAAGGAAAUCUGUCCUUCAAACACCGUUACCAUUCGUAAAGAAGACAUUUAAACAUUUACUUGAAAGGGCUAUAGUUGAUAAGUUCCAGUCAGCAAAACAAAGCGUUUGCAAUGGUAUUGUUGAAUUUUCUUUGGAAAAGUUUUGCGAUUUAUUAGAGCAUAGAUGGGGUCAAAAAGUUUGCUACGAUUCUCUAAUAGCUGACAAGAGUUUUAUUGUAACCUUAAAGCUUAUGAACUAUGAGUUAGUUUCGAAUGAAGAGCUUUUUGUUGAACCAAAUAUUUUCGGUACUACCAAAAUACCUGCCAUAAUGGGAAUGGAAGAUUCUGUUUCACUUAAUUCUAAUGCAAAUUUUGAAAUUAGAAUUAAGUGUUCUUGGAAAGAUGGCUUUGUGUUUGAUAUCCUUGAUGGAACAACAUUUUAUAUUAGUUCUGACUUUGCUGUAAAUGGAAAUAUGAAAGCUUCUCUAGGGCCUAUUAAUUUAAUGCUUGGAAGUGCAAACGUUUUUGUUGGUAAACCAGCAGUUCUUUCAGCAACACUUGUAAAUGGGCUUAUUGAUCUUUCGCUCACUGGCAAUGCUGGUUUCAAUUCAUUGAUAUCAUUUUUCGAUCUAUCAUCUUGCCAAUUAUCAAUCGAUAUACCUGAUAUAGCCAAAUUUUUGGGUGGUAGUUCAAAUUCUCUAGUGAUAGACCAACAUACAUGUAAAGGAGGGUCUUUUGUAAAUUCUGUUACACAAAUAUUGAAAGACCAUACCUUACUAGAUUUCUUCAAAGAUCCUAGUACUUUCCUUAAUCAAUUCCAAAAUCAUUUUUCUGACUUGUUAAAGAAAAUCUUUGAUGGACCAAAUGGUUUAUUGAAUAAUGUUGUAGUACCAGUUGUGGAUAAAGAAAUCCAAAAGAUAUUACAAAAAGAAUUAGGGUCAAUAAUUGGCCCAGAAAUGACCAAUGAUUUGACAAAUUCUAUCACAGUUAUGGUAAAUAGUGUAAUCUCUGGAAAGUCAGUCACUGGAGAUGAGCUUACUAGAGUUAUUUUAACAGAAUUUACUCAAAUAAUGUGUCAGAAGUUUAAACCUGUUGAAUGUCCAAAAGUACCAGAUAUCCACAGUGCCGAAUAUGUUUGGGGAUUUGAGCUCAAGAGGGUACUGAAACAUGGAGUUGCCAAUCUUGGUUUUGAUAUGGGUUCCUCUGCAAAAGGUACUCACUUAACUUCUGAGGUUGAAUUAGAUUUUGAAAUGGACUAUAAACUCAGAUUUAAUUUGGUAUUUUCAAAAUCAAAUGGUGCUAGUAUUACUUUCAAUGAAGGUUAUGUCUUGGAAGGAAUUACUGACUUGAAAUUGGAUGGAACUCAAAAAGUUGAGGGUGAGAUUGGUUUUUUAGGAGCAGAAAUUAUUUUAGAUCCUACAAGUUCCUUCCACGCAGAGUUUGGUGUAGAUAAUCAGUGGAAAGCAUUCAUGAAAGCAAACUCAAUUUUAACAGGAAAAGCAGAAAUGGGAUUUGCUGGAAUUAUUACUAAAUUAUUGAAAAAUGUUGAAGACCCUCUUGAUGCUCUUCCUCAUUUUGAAUCAAUUAUUGAAUUCAAAUGGAAUUGGGAAAUGGGAACUUCAUCAUCCACUACUCCUGAAUUCUCUCUAUCAGAACCUAGUUUAUGUAUUGGUACUCUUUUAUCUAGAAUGGCAGAAGGGGUAAGAAAACAAGCAGAAAAGGUUAUUGGAAAUUUAGAUAAGAUUGUUGGUCCUGCUUCAUUCCUUACAAAGGAUGUGGGAGUACUAUCUAGAAUAUUUGGUAGAGAAAUGUCUAUUGCAGAGCUAGGAAUAUUUUUGGCUAGACACUAUUGUUCUGGUGAAUGUGAUGCGGUUAAUGUUGAGGAAUUAAUUAGUGCCUACAAAAAAUUGCACAUUCUAAUGAACAAGCUUCAAGUUGUCCGUAACUUUUUAUCAACAAUGAAUGGGUGUGGAAUUAGAAGAAAAUUCAGCAAAUUCGUUGUUGAUUUGCAAAAAUCGGACGAUCCCAUUAUUCAUGAUGUUCCUGACCAAGCAUUGAUUUUUGAACAAGAUAUUCCUCCAAGUAUGAAGCCAGAAAUUGAACAAACAUUUUCUAUGAUUCAAUCAAGAACUUACAACUUACAUAUUCCUUUAUUUGAGGAACCAAAGAAAAUACCAUCAGCUCUUAUUGGCUUAAUGCUAGGAAAAGACUUCAAUUUAGUUGAAAUUGAAAUGCCAAAAAUGGUACUUUCAUUUUCAGCUCAUUUUGGAUUCCCUAUUUGGGCAUUCCCUUACGUAGAACUUUACAUUCAAGCUUCUGCUGGUCUUGUUGUAGAUUUACCAACAAUUGCUUAUACUACUAAAGGUAUACGAGAUGCUGUGCAAACAAAGAAAAUAACUAAUUUAUUUAAAGGUGUUGGAAUGAUCACUAGAAAACCAGACGGAUCUCCUAUUUGGAUUGUAUCUGGUUAUGUUAGAUUAACAGGUGGAGUUUCUUUUAUUUUCAGUGGAAAUGCAUAUGCAUUCUUGGAAGCAGAGGCAAGAGUUACUGUAUUAGAUAUAAAUGGAAAUCAAGUGGUUACUUUUGAUGAAUUGUUCUAUUUAAUUCAAAAGAAUGGAAUUCAAAACACCGUAACAUUUGAAAUGCAAUUAUCUGCAGGAUUUGGAUUUAAUAUCAAAGCUUGCAUUAAAGUUUGGUUUGCAAAGAAAUGUUGGACCAUUGUAAGCCAAGAGAUUAAGGUUCCAAUUUUCCCUAAACUUACUUUUGGAGGCAAAAGAAUUGCACCAGUAGCAGAUAGAAAUAGUAAUUUGAAUUUAGAUUAUGUGAAUGAAUUUGGUUCAUCAAAUUCUGACAAACCAGUUUUCAUAGUUUAUCCUUCAACGAGUAAUGCCGAUAGACACACUAUUGGCUUCAGUCCAUCCAGCAGUAUGACAACAAAUCUUCCACCACUUUCUUUUCCUAAUCAAGGAACAAAUUCUGUUGCUUUUUAUGGCAAUGCAGGAGGAAAACCUUUCGAAAUUAAAUCUUUAGGUUAUCAAGGGCUUGUUACAGUUCCACCUCUAAACACUGUAACAUCCAGAAUCCCAUGUGAUUCUUAUAGAAAUACUGAUUCUUUUACCAUAUCCCCAACCUUCAUUACACCAAACAAUUAUUUAGGACUACAAUACACACCUGGUAUGUGUUCUCAAGCAAUUCUAGAGAAUGUAAAAUAUGGAACAAAGUUUAACUUGCAAGGAACACCAUGUCAUGUUGUACUAAAUGCAGCUUACAAGUCACAAAUAGAAAUUGGUACUGAUUCUCAAAAUUACAAAGGACCAGUUACAAUUAAUGGACCUGGAGAACUGACAUUUAGUGUUCCUUCUCCAAAAUAUCAUGUUACAUCAUCAUCUAUUUCAAUUGAUGGUUCAAGUAAUUUACUUAGACUUGAAAAUGAUAUGCCAUCUAUCACAGUAGUAGGUGACAACCAACCAACAAGUUUUUCUUUCAGUAAUAUUGUCAAAACAUCAGCUAUUACUGCUCUAGGUAGUGAGUCAGAUGAUGAAUUCUUGGUAUCUGAUGUUACAUCAGUUUAUGGAGGUUUAAUGUUGAAUGGUGGUAGUGGUAUCAAUAGAGGUACUUUUAUUAUUCCUGCUUCUAGUGAUAAUAUGAAUAUUAUGAUCACUAGCUCAUCAUUAUCUAUUGACAACACCAAUACAAUCAGAUGGGCAAAUCUUGACCACAGAAGCUAUAGAGUUUUGAACAGAAAUAAUCAUACAAAUAUCAAGGUUUCAUAUUUCUCUCCAGAUGAUUUUAAUUCAUUCCAUGUGGAGACUGAAAAUAAUCCUACAGGUGUUAUUUACCAUAAUAUCUCUUCUUGUUCAACACGAAAUGAAAUUAGACUUGAUCUCAAAGGAGGAGGUGAACAAGUGGUGUUACUUUCUCAAAAUGGUGAAUUCUCUCCUCUUCAAUGUUCAAUGUACAUCCAAGGUGUAGAUGGACAAAAUAGUGGAUAUACUAUUCUUAUUGACGCAACAAACGAAAAAAGAAAUCUCAGAUAUUCAAUAGAAAAUGGAAGAGUUACAGUGGAUGAUCCUGAUAACACUGAUUUUAUGACAAACCUUUAUAUACGUCAGAUCUCAAGAGUUAAACUCAUUGUUUCAGAAAAGCAAUACUCUGAUAUAAAAUUGGUACAAGGAGCUCCAAACACUGAAUACCAUUUCCAAUUUGCGGAAAAUACUACAGAUUAUGGAGUUAAAAAGCCAACUUUGACUUUGUGUAACUUACCUUCAAAAUCAACAACUCUUGUUACUGGAAGUGCUGAUAUCAAUCUAGGUCCAAAAACAGGCAUUUGUAGUAAUAAGUUUAUUAAUCCUUUGGAAAAUUUGAGAAGUUUGAUUGUGGUUGCUGGCCAAAAUUCAAAGGUCACAAUGAAUUCUGGAAAUGAUGGGUCACAACACUUUAAUAUGACCGAUAGAUGUUUAUUUGCCACAGAUGACAGAGGUGUUAGUUUGGUUGAUGUUGACACACCAACCCCAUGGAUGCAACAAUUAUUGUUAGAAUAUGGAUUUAAUCGUUCUGAUUGUCAUAUUGCUUACUACCCUCAAAGAACAUCAUUUGAAAUAACAACAGGAAAGGGGGAUGAUUCAUUCUAUGGAAGAUAUGUUACUGCCUCUAGCAUUGAUAUUAAUUUGGGUGAAGGAAGAGACACCAUAUUUUAUGGAGAAACAGCUACCCCCGCAAACUUUAAAACAGAAAGAGGAGCCAGCAAGUUUGUCCAAGUCAGUCCAACAGGCCCUAUCAAUCUGUCAAUGAAAAGUAGUACAACAGAAAGAAAUAUUAUUGAUUUCUUUACUGGUGAUUUAGUUUCUUCCAUGACUGGAAAUACAGUUAUUUAUCCAACAGGGCCUAACCCAUAUGAUUAUUCCACAAUCUCUUGCUCUAGUAGUGACCUCAUAACGUUGCAUCAUUCUUUCCCUCUUAAUUAUGAUCACAGUACCAAGAUGUCACUGUUUACAACAAGAGCAAUCAACCAGGAUAUUGUUUAUAUUAAUGUCACUGAAAUUUCUACCUCCAGACAAGUGGAAUUAAGAUCGGAUACUAAAUUUAUUGUUUCUCUCCUUGGCUGGGAUUCAACAAUUGUAUUCUUAGGAACAAAUCAACAAGGUGAAUAUGCUAAGAACUUUGUUAUUGAAUUGAAUUUGGAUAUUUCUUCACCUGGCAGAAUAUUUAUUGAUACAAUAUCCAGUACAAACGGUGAAUUAGUAGUUAAUGUUCCAAAUUAUGAUGCUCAGUCAUUCCCACUCCGUAUUGCAUCACUAGGACCUGUCAGCUAUGGAUUCCUUUCUAUAGGUGUAUUAAGAGUUGAAACUUUAGGAAUGAAUCAUGUUACUGUUAAUAGCCCUUCAACCCGUGUGAGUGCAGUUAUUGAAAAUACUCCAUCCACUAUGGAAGUUGUUUUGAAUUUGAGACCACUUUCUACAGUAGAUUUGCAAGGGUUGGGUGGUUUAAUGAUAAUAUCAAAUGCAGCAGUUACAGUUAGCAGAAAUUAUUUUAUCAAACCAAGUUCUGUUAUGGUUGUUGGUAGUUCUUCUGUUACUGUUGUUCUUGAAUCUGACACUUCUUAUUUAAAUGACAGGUGUAUGAAUAUUCAAGGAAUACUUAAUACAAGAGUAGUUGCCAGUGAGUGGUUCGCACAGAUUAUGCAAGGAUUUAAUAUUCCUUCCACUGCAGUAUCUUGUCCAUUGUAUCUUUUUAGAAUUCCAUCAUUAGAUUUUACUGGUCCAUUCUUUAUUGUUUCUAACUUGGAUAGCUCAUCCAAUGUUAGAGCAUUAUCCAUGAAAAAUGGUGAUCUUUUCCUAUCUGACACUAUCAGAGAUUGGACCAAUACUGCAGUAUCUGGCGGUGUUUUAGGUGUGGACGGUAGGUUUGAAGUCCAUCUCACAAAAUCCAAUCUAAUUGUUGCCAAUAGAUUUUCCUCUCCAUCUAGUCUUACACAUUCUACUUCUAAUCCAGGUACAAUCACAAGUAUCAGAUUUAAUCAUAAUAACUUUAAAGACAAGCCUGUUUAUUAUUGGGAAACCGACACCUACAACACCUAUUUGAAUCCCUCUCCAUCAAAUAUGAAUAUUCCAGUAAUUUAUGUAGACAGUGUACCAAUUAACAAAUUGAAUGUUGAUUUUUCAAGCUUACCCUUUAAUAACUUUAAUGUCAACCUCGAAAAGAAUCAGUUUUUAACUACUGAUAAUAAUGGCAUUCAAAAACUAAAAAUUUUAUGGACCAAUCAUCCUUUGGACAUGGAUAUUAAUCUUAACGGUAAACAAAACUCUAUUGUUCAACUAACAGAAGAAAUAAGUGAAGAGAGAACAUAUAAUAUUAGGUCAACAAAAAAUUCCAAUACCAUUAUCACUUUGAAAGAGUCAUCCCCUUAUCCAACUUAUUCCAUUUUUACUAACAGUGAGAGAAUACAAUUUGGUAAUUCUACAAUAACUUGCACACCUGAUAGAAUAGUUUUGGACCUAUUGAGUCAAGUUCACAUUGAUGUUAAUGAGAUACCAGGAUCCGCAGAAAGUAUAUUCUUAACCAAGACUACUAGCUCAAUGACCAUUCAAAAAUCUUCCGGAAAUAUGAUAGUCUCUAACUACUUGAUAGAUGUUGUUGAUAACUAUCUAAUUAAUCAUCAAUUCCUUCUUUUUGUUACUGGCGACUCAGUCGUCACUAAAUUGAGAACCAACCAAGCAAUCACCUAUGAUGGUGGAUGCUUAGUAAGAUCUUCUGGGCUUAACGCUUUGAUAUCAACAUGGUUCCAUGACUCUCUUACCAAAUAUUAUCCUUCUGAAAUUAAUUUCCUUUAUCCGUGCUCCCUGUUUUCAUUCAAUACCAAGAGAUUAGAUGUAUUAAACUCUCCAUACAGUUAUCUGAAAAAUCUUAAUUUAAUUAACAAUAUGGAACUACAUGUAAACACUGGUAUUGUGAAACUUUUGGACAACAAGGUGAGAUGGAAAUCAGUAUCACUUCUUCCAUCCUCUCUAAGAGUAGAUUCAUUAUUCUACUUAACUAUUAAGGACGGGCUCGAAGUUUUUGUGGACACCACCUAUCAUAAUGACAGUCAGAUACUUUAUAGAGGUAACAAUGUAAAUGAAUCAUCUGUUUGGCAUUUUGGAUGUCCAGACAAUAGCACCAAACCGUUAUUGAACAUAACUGCACAUCAAGAAUCCAAUAUCAAAUUCUGUUUAGAUUAUAUUCAACUCUCAACCCCGUCACUUUCACUCAAUACUCGUAGAGUAGUUGAUGUUGGAAUAUUGUCGACUGAUCAAACAUUACCUACUGACAAUACCACAAUUUUAUUGAAUUCUAAUAAUUUGACUUUAUCACAAGCCAACCCGCUCAUAACUAGAACAAUAACAACACGUACAUCCAAAAGAAACACUUGCUUCUUACCAGAAAUCCAAUGCACAAAUCAGUUCUGGGAAGAUGUGAACGUUCUAGGAAAGGAUGCUUUUAUGACUAAACCUUUGAGAGAAGAAUUUCUUGUUUGCUUCAUUUGGCCUAAAAUGAUUCCACCAAGAAAAUCAUCUAUUAUUAACUCUCUAAAUAGUAAUACAUUAGGUAUUAGAAGAAGCUUAGGUAUUGAUGGAAACAGAAACAGUCUUAAUGCUUCACAAGAAGAAUAUGAGGAGUCAAUUAAGCUUAUUAAAUCUGACAGACAGAACCAAGGUUACGAAAAUAUCUCCAACUCUCUGUUGAAACAACCAUUAGUUAGUCAUGAUGAUUAUGAGGAAUAUAAUGAUUCUGGAUAUACUAAUUUUGUAGAAAUGGAAAAUAUGAAAAAUGAAAACUACGCCCAACAAGACUAUCAUCAUGCACCAGAAUCAGAUAAACAAAAAUAUGAAGAAAGACAAGAAGGAACAGCAACAGGUUCUGUUUAUUAUACCAAUGAAGAAGUGAACGAAAAUAAUAAUCAACAAACAGAUUAUUACGAGGAGAGUUAUGAUAAUUAUGAAAAUGACCAACCAAACCUCACUCUUAAUCGACAAGUUAAUGAACCACAAUCAUUCCCAAUUAUUCCACCUCCACCUGCUUAUGAAGAACCUACCUAUUACACAAACGAUGAAUAUCGCUCCACCUCACCAACUAGCAACAAUAACAACAGAAGUGAUUACAAGUAUGACGAAGAUGAAGAAGAAACCAAUGAAGAACGAAAGUAUUACAAGGAAAUGCUCAGAAAAAUUAUUGUUGAAUCUACGGAUCCAAGCACAUCAAUUGAACCUGGUUCCUUCAAUCAAGUUUAA